AUGGACUUCGACGCCCUUCGCGCGCGCACACUGCGCUCUGGUGCAGAUGAGGAGGCAGUAACAGUCAAUACAAGGGCUUUGAUUGACAAAGUGCUGGCCAGGUACUCUGGAGAGUGGACUGUCUUGCGAGAGUUGCUACAGAACGCGGCAGACGCUUCAGCAACAAAGAUCACUAUCAAAUUCGAGACACUCCCUUCAGCCACUGUUCCCGUGCCCACGGAUCCCUCCCCGUCGAGUCUUUUGAAGCAUACGGUUCUACAUCAUACUUUAAAGAGACUGGUUGUGACAAACAAUGGCCAACCUUUCAGUGAGAAUGACUGGAACAGGUUGAAGCGAAUUGCAGAAGGAAAUCCCGACGAGACAAAGAUUGGUGCCUUUGGGGUGGGGUUUUAUUCCACUUUCGCAGACUGCGAGAAUCCUUUCGUCUCCUCGGGGAAGGAGGCAAUGGCAUUUUUCUGGAAGAAUAACUCCUUAUUCACGAGACGGUUACAGCUACCGGAAUCCGAGACUUCGACAGACACCAACUUCGUCCUUGACUACCGGGACACCACCUCUCCAGUGCCUCCGUUACUUCCCUUGGCACAAUUUCUAGCAAACAGUCUGACUUUUGUGGGACUGGAGAACAUAGAGCUUUGGCUGGACGAAUGGAAUCUGCUUUCGCUGCAAAAGAAGACAUCUCCAAGUUAUGAGGUGGCGAUCCCUCGUGAUAUUGAGCCCAAGACAAGUGAGGGCUUUAUGAAAGUUACCAAAGUCUCAAAAGAGAUUGCCCAGAUCGAUGGCCGUUGGAUGGGCGUCAUAGGCUGGAAGGCCACCAGGGAUACGGCUCGGUCAAUCGAGAAAGACUCCGCUCCCUCUCUUCGCAAAUUCUUCUCACGGUUAGCAGGAACUGUGCAGGAAGAAAGCCAGGCAGAAGUCCGACCUGACCGCUCAGUUGAGGGAGAUCUGUUGGCGACGAAAGUGUCUGCCACCGUCUUCCUUAACGUAAAUACAGCCACCAUCAAGACAUUUACCCGCCAGAAAUUCAAUGAGGAGCUGGAGCGUGCAACCAAAAAGCCACCACCAAAGUUCACGAAACUCGCCAUCCUGACGGCCCCCUAUAUCGAGGAUGCCAGCCUUACCAAGGCGUCUGCUGCUGGUGAUGUCUUUGGGACGGUCCUUCCAAGCAGAGGAGGUAAGAUAUUCAUUGGCUUUCCGACGCAUCAGACCACCGGUCUGAGCGCACAUAUUUCCGCACCUUCGGUCAUUCCAACAGUCGAACGAGAAUCUAUCGAUUUGAAUGCCAGGUAUGUGAGGACGUGGAACAUGGAGAUGCUUCGUGCAGCUGGUAUUGUUUGCAGGAUUGCAUGGUCGUGUGAGAUGCAAGAGCUCAAGGAAAAGACCCUGCGAGAAGCCAACGGCAAAUCCAAGAUUCGCAUGGAGGAAGUCAAUCCUUUCUUGGACGAGGCAAUCACUACCUUCAAGAACUUCACCUUCAGAGAGUCAACUCCUUCAGCUUCGAUCGGCCAGCUCCUUGAAGAUGCUUUCUGGACAUGCAGCAAGAAAGCAUCCAUCGAGGUGGUUUCCACAUGUGGAGUGCUUCCCACUCACGACGUCCGGAUAGCUCCGAAGGACAUGAGCUUCAUGGAAGGCAUUCCGAUCUUGCCUGAAAAGUUAGUGUCUGAAGCCAAAGUUUUGGUGUCUAAGCUGGUCGACUUCGGUCUCCUGACUGAAGUCACUGUAACCGACAUCAAAUCUGCACUCGAGUCGAGUCCUCUGACCACACCGCAAGUGUCCGAGUUUCUUGGUUGGCUCACAAAACAAGCAACCGGUGGAAAGCUUGACAAGUCUACGAUAUCAAGUCUGCUGGCUGUCGCCGUUGCUAACGAUGACAGCCCCGAGGAGAAUAGAAGUCCACUUCUUCAACUUGGAGAAAUUCGUCAUUUCCUGAACCCCAGCCGAACACCCGUCGAUUUCCCGGUGCCACCCUCGGUGAUGCCCUUCAAGUUCACAAAGAGCAUGAGCAAACACGAGCUAGAGAGUCUUGGAUGGGAGGAACUUCAAUUGGUGACAUGGGUACGCUGGCUCAUCGCCCAAUCUGGAAAUCGUCAAGUCCUUUCCGAGAACCAAGACAUCACGAAAUCUGCAGAAUUCAGCUCUCAGGUUCUGCCUCUCCUUUCCAAACAAUGGGAUUCGCUCAGUCAGACCUCGAAGUCGUCGCUAGUAGAAUUACUCGUCAAGCAUACAGUCAUCCCUACGAAAUUCGGGAUGAGAAAACCUAGCGACGCUUAUUUUCCAAGUGUCAAGCUAUUCGAUGAUCUGGCGAUUAUCGAAGGCCUCGGAAAUGUCAAGGAUAAGUUCUUGCUGGCCCUGGGUGUCCGCAAGACAGUGGAGUUGGGUGUCGUGUUCGAGCGGCUUCUGGCAUUGGAGCCCAAGACUGCCAAAAGCGUUGGCAGUGCGAAGCCGCAAUGGAGUCACGUUGACCUGAUCAAAUACCUUGCCUCUGUAAAAGAUGAUAUCCCGGGAGCUGACAUACAAAAGCUCAGAAGUACCCCUAUAUGUCCCAGUCAACUCAAGGGCAGGGACGGAGGCGAGUCCACAGAGCGCUACAGAGUGAGCGACUUGUUCGAGCCACGACAUGACCUGCGCGAUCUCGGGCUGCCUGUUCUAGCUUGGCCUGGUCCCUAUCGGAGCAAUACUCCAGAGGGGAGGUUCUUGAACGCCCUCGGUCUUCGGACCACGCCUCUGGUCCCGGAACUCAUCCAAAUCAUGGCGGAAUCGGGCAAGAAAGGACCUAGCUACGAUCUCGACCGCCGCGACAGAGCCCUGGCUUAUUUCUUGUCUCAUCAUCACGCUUAUGGCUAUGGUCUAUUCGAUUAUCAGAGCAUCACGCUUCCUUUCUUGCCACUUGAGAACAAGCCCGGCCAGCUUGCUACUCCGACGCAGUGCUUUGCGAAUGAAGGAGCUACUCUACUCGGCUUCGACACUCUGAAGCGCGAUUGGAUUCCCCACGCCGCAAAGUUCGGCGUUAGAGAGCAUCCCCCCAUGGAUCUUUGCAUCAAUAUCCUUGCCAAACGGCCGCCGGUCACGGCUCAUGACGCUCGGACUAUCUUCACCUAUUUCGCAGGUCGGCUGGCAGAGAUCAACAACCAUAAUAUGUCGAGACUGAAUGGUAUGGAUUUCAUUCCCAUCUUCGCCAAGAACAAGGAGAAGUCGGCUCCCAAACUCCACACGUCCCCUCGAAACUGUUUUCUGGGCGAUAGUGACGCCUUUGGGGAGAUCUUCCACUACGUCGAUUUCGGUGCUGAAGCGAACUCGUUCCUCAUCAAAUGUGGUUCGAAGCAAGAGCCUUCUAAAUUAGAGAUUGCGCAGAUCCUCGUGAAGGAGCCUGCGCGGAUCUCUGCAACGUUCCGCAACGCUGAAAAGUACAUGACUUUGCUUCGGAGUAUGGCCGAAGCUGCCAAAACCCUGAAAAAGAACAAGGAGCUCUGGGCAGAGAUGAAGAGAGCACCAUUCCUCCUUGCAAGCAGGGAGCUUCCCCCUCCGGCAUCCUCGGCAGAGAAACACCAUGCCGACGACGCGGAUAAUCUUGACGAGGAAGAGGUCCAAGGUAUCCGCGAAUUCCAACUAUGCAGUGCCGAAGAUGCUAUCAUCAUCGACGAUUACAUCAACUACAACCUGUUCAAGGCAGACAUACUUGCAGCACCCCAGGAAGAAAGUCUCGAGGACUUUUACUUCGCUCUGGGUUCUCCCUUGCUUAGCUCUCUGGUCGAGGAGGCCGCGCGCCAUGGCCCCCGAGCGCAUGAUCAGAAGCCGGCACAGAAGCUACAGAAACAGAUCCUAGAGAGGUCGACACUGUUUCUACAUGAACAACCGCCGGAAACCAUCAAGCAUGAUGCAAAGUGGCUGGAAAAAAAUCUGCAAGUCCAACUUGUCUCAUCCAUCUCAUUGAGACGAUCACUGCGAGGAAGAAAUGUCAGUCACACCGAAAAGCGCACUGCUGUAAUCACAGCGGUAAACAGAGAGUACACAUUGUGGAUCACAGGUGCAAAGCCUGACCUCUACCAAGUCAGCCAGGCUUUGGUCCACAUCUUGCUAACAAGACCUAAGUUGCAUUCUGCAAUCACUCUCGAAAUGCUACUGAAGACGGAGUUGCUCGAUCUCCGCGCACGGGGCUUCAACGUCUCUCGCAUUCUGCGACAGAAGGCGGCAGAAGCCCGGCUCGCUGAGAGCAAGAGACAACAGGAACUCGAGGAGCAACAGAAGAGGAUUGAGGAGGAGGAAAAGGCCUGGCGAGCCUCUCAGGAACAAGCUGCAAACGGCAAAGCUGCACGGAAUCACGUCCCAGGUGGAUUCCCAGACUCACCGGACAGCAGAGCACUGACCGGCCCAGAACCCAGCCCCGCCGCUCCAGCCGGUAAUGAAGAUUUACGGAGACAAGGUCGUAAUUUGUUUUCCAAUCUUUCGCGUCAGCUCGGGCUUGGCAACAAUCGUCACAUUCAACAGAUGCUGGGCCGCAAUGACGAUGAGCCUCCAGCUAUCGCAAGCGGUGAGACGGCAGACCCACCUCCCCCCUAUCAGUACAACCAGCAGAGUGGUCAGACUAAGUCGACCGGGUCGUCAGUCACCGCUCCUCACCAACUCCAGGAGAAUCUGCUCAAUGCCAUCAAAAAGUCCCGCGCUCACAAUUCCUCGGACUUGUUCAGUCGUGGGGAAACCAAUGUUCUCCAAGAGACCAAAUCCUACUGCGACGAGCACCCUGCCCAUGAUCUUACUUUUGUUGCUGAGAUCAAGGACGGUAUUCAGUGCUUUCUUUCCCCUUCUUCUGUGGGCAACUCUUCACAAUUCCUCCAACACCACUCCGCUGGGUUGACUGCGUUUGCUCGUCUCCUGAAAUCGGUGGGAGACGUGUUUUCCCUCAACCCACGCACGCUGAAUAUUUUCUUCGAGACCUCGGGGAAGACGAUCGGCUUCAACAGAAACGGAAGCAUCUUCUGUAAUUAUCGGUAUUUUGAACAAUUGCAUGAGCGUAACAUGGGAACAGUGGGGAAAGAUGGGUACAGCGAGGCAUUUGUCUACUGGUGGGUGAUCUUGUGUCAUGAACUGGCGCACAACCUUGUUGCGGAUCAUAGUUCUGAUCACAGUUAUUAUACCGAGGGGUUUGUGGCACAGUACUUUACCAAGGUUGUCAAGAUUUUAGGACAAGCCCAGGCACAGCAAAAUGCCAGAACUGAGGCUCCUCUGGUCGAGAUUUGA